CUGCCCAUCUUCAGCUUGUUCAUGCCAGCACACACUUCGCAACGAACACCAUAGUGCCUCAAUUUGGACGGCGACGACUACGAGCCGACACGAGAGGAGGAGUAUGCGGUGAUUUUCGGCUGGGGCGACGUCUGAGAAACAGGCGCAUGCACGCAUCUUGACACCAUGGCGUCGAGCAAAGCAGCCCGGCUUGGGGAAGAGGUGUGGAAAUCCCGAGUCGAGAAGAUCAACGCCGAAGUCGUCACCCUCACCUACGGCACCAUCGUCGCCCAACUCUGCCGCGACCUCAUCGUGCCCAACACCGCCUCGAAAACAGACUACGCCGCGGUGAACGCCGAGCUAGAUCGCAUGGGGUACAACAUCGGGCUGCGCCUGAUCGAGGACUUCCUCGCCAAGUCCAAUACAGGGCAAUGCUCCAACUUCCGCGAGACGGCGGAGAUGAUCAGCAAGGUGGGGUUCAAGGUAUUUAUGAAUGUGAUGCCGCUCGUGGCGAACUGGAGCGCGGAUGGGAAGACGUUUCAUUUGGUGUUUGAGGAGAAUCCGCUGGGGGAUUUUGUGGAGUUGCCGGAUGAUGGGCGCGCGCAGGAGGAGCUGUGGUAUUCCAACAUCCUGUGUGGGGUGCUGCGAGGGGCGUUGGAGAUGGUGCAAAUGCAGGUCGAGGUGCAAUUUGUGAGCGAUGUGCUACGCGGGAACGACACUACGGAGAUGAGGGUGACUCUGAUUCGGUAUAUCGAGGACGAAAUGCCGCCUGAUGAUGAAUAGUUGGGCUGAGGCGAGUCAACAAGCGUUUGACACGGGCGAUUCUACACUUCAACAGGCUGCACAGCGUCGACAGCCGCCUCGGGCGUGGAACUCGAAUCCUCGACCUCGACCUCUGGACCCGCCAGGACGGAUGAUUGAAAUUGGGUAGUUUGAACACGGCGAGCUCUACCCAACGACGAGACAUGACGUCUAAUCUGUUUGCUCGCAGUCGCUGACGGAGGAGCUCAUCAUGAGGCGCCUGGGUUGCGGAAGCGCAGUUAACCGAGCACAGAAGCACCUCCACCUCGACCUUGACGUGGACAGUAGUUUCGACGCUGUAUUCGGAUCUUGACAGACUAAGACUAUAGAGCAGCAAGCGCAUG